CACAGAAUACAACACUUGCUGAAGCGGUUCUGAUUAUCUGAUUAAUUUCUUUCAUAUAUCACUCUCCUUUCCCAGUCUAUAUAUAUAUAUACACAUCACACACACCUAUAUAUAUUCAUCCUUUUCUCUUCCUUCUCUUCAAAGCAACGAAGCCAGUAAAUCCUUUUCCCGCUUUUCUCAGCCCCCUAGAAUCUUUCUUUUUCCUCAACUGGGUAUUUUUUCUUGCUGUUCAACCCUUCAUCUUUCAGUCUUCUUUCUGGUUAAUUUCCAAAAAUUUCAACUUUUUACGUUGUGGGUUGCUUUCAGAUUGCUAUAAAGCCCUCGCCUUUGAGUUUAAUUUCGUUCAAAUCCCAAAAAUUCAUCUGGGUUUUUCCCAUUCUCUCUCUAGGAUUAUACCCGAACCAAAUCAGAUUUUCUCAGGGUUUUCCAAGAUUCUCCGCGAUUCCCAAAAAGUGGAUUCUUUCCAAGAUUCUUUAGUUUAUGAUAUCUAGGAAAAAGAAGAUUCUUGAUUCCCAGUAAAAGAUUCUGAAUUGAUUGCCUUCUUAAGCUUUACUUCAAUAGCUUCCGACUAAAUAAGUGAAGCAGUUGCUGCAUAUUUUUACGGCUUGUAAAAGCAUGGAGACCUUGUAUCCGGCUUCAAACAUGGCGGAUUAUGAUUGGUACUCAGAGUGGACUAAGGAGGAGAACAAGAUGUUUGAGAGUGCCCUGGCGAUGUUCGAUGAGAAAACGCCGGACAGGUGGCGGAAGGUGGCGGAGAUGAUUCCGGGGAAGACGGAGAUCGACGUGAUCAAACAGUACCAGGACCUGGAGGAAGAUGUUUGUGAAAUAGAAUCCGGGAGGUUUCCGAUUCCUCCAGGGUACCCUCAGUCAUACUUCACAUUGGAGUUGGGGGAUGAUCGAGAUUUCAAUGCUAAUCGAAAGAGGCCGGCAGCGGCGAGGGGUUCUGAUCAGGAGAGGAAGAGGGGAAUUCCAUGGACACCCGAAGAGCACAGGCGGUUUCUGCUGGGACUUCUAAAGUACGGGAAAGGGGACUGGAGAAACAUCUCUCGGAAUUAUGUGGUCACUAAAACUCCCACACAAGUAGCAAGCCAUGCUCAGAAAUACUUCAUGAGGCAGGAUUCAGGAGGGAAAGAUAAAAGGCGGCCAAGCAUCCAUGACAUAACCACUGUCAACCUCACAAGCAAUACUCCACCAGAAACUAACAGGUCUCCUUCAGACCAGUCUCCACCGGAGCAGAAGUCCACUGAAUCGCCAAACGUGUUACUUGACUGGAAUGAGGCUGAUGAUGGAGGAGCCGCUAUGGUUUUCGGCUCUACUCAUGGCAAUCUCUUAGAUCCAUCUCCAUAUGAUGUACCAGCAGAUGGGAUUAAAAUGCAGUUGCAGAAACUAUACAGCCACGCUCAUUAUGCUGCUCAUGCCACACCUCAAAAUUCGCUAUAUCUAAUGCAGUCCGCGAGACAUCAGAUUCAUGGAUAAGAACAGGCCUAGUAAACGAUCUUCAUCAGAAUUUCGGUGUUGGUUUUAUUUUUUACGUGUUUGUGUUGGAUUGAUUUAGCUUAAUAAGGACUUGGUUUUUGUACAUAGUUCUUGAACAUUGCAGAAUGGUGAAAUUCCAUUAGGCCUCAAAGUGUAAUGUCUUGAAUUAUGAAAUGGAAAUUAAUUGUAAAUUGCUCUUUCCCUUCA